UUAAAAACGCCCGCGAGCCUCUGACAGCAAGAGAGAGAGAGAGAAAGAAGUGGAGGAGGGAGACGAAGAGGAAUUCGCGCGGAGGUCGAGGAAGAUGAAGGACGAGGACAUCAGCUCGGGCGGCACCAACAACGACGCCUUCGCCCUCGCCAGAUCUUCUCCGGCCGCUAGUUCCGCUGGGGCCUCGUCUCCUGCUAUUCCGGCCAAUGCCGGCAGCGUGGAGUGGAUGGGCCAGACUUCUAAGGCCGGUUCCCAAUCUUUCGCCGGCUGGCAUCCCCCGAAGGCGUCCUUGAGCACCACCGCUGCUGGCUCUGCGCUUGGAUCGUCGCAAGCGUCGUGUAGGCCUUGGGAGAGAGGGGAUCUGCUCCGGCGCCUUGCUACAUUUGAGCCUUCAAACUGGUUCGGGAAACCCAAGGAUGUCAGCUCCCUGGCUUGUGCACGAAGAGGGUGGAUUAAUAUUGGUUUGGACACUAUUGAGUGUGAAUCAUGUGGUGCAAGCUUGAAAUAUGAUCCAUCAGCUUUCGUGGUGCUUUCUGGAGCUGGUAGCUCUGGGGAAGACUUUGCUAAGCAGCUUGACGGAGGACAUAAAGCAUCUUGUCCUUGGAAAGGAAACAGCUGUCCGGAAAGCUUGGUGCAGUUCCCUCCUACUCCUCCGUCAGCACUCAUUGGUGGUUAUAAAGAUCGCUGCGAUGGCCUCUUGCAGUUUUCAGCCCUACCAGUUGUUUCUGCGACAGUUGUUGAGCAGAUGCAGCUUUCUCGAGGAUCCCAGAUUGAUCGUUUCCUGGCUCAUUCACAGACUUAUGUAGCUGGAGAAUUGGGCUUCAAAUCUGAACACGUUGGUGGAAUCGAGCCUUCCUUCAAAGACGAGAAUGUUACCGCAUACUUUCGUGCACAGAAGCUUAUAAGCCUUUGUGGAUGGGAAUCAAGAUGGCUUCCGGAUAUUCAAGAUUGUGAAGAACAUUCUGCUCAGUCAACUCGAAAUGGAUACUCCUCUGGUCCUGUCAAAAUCCAGGGCCGUUUAAAAGAUCCUGCUCUGAGCAAGAGGGCUUUCUCAACGUCAGCUAAUAAAAACUACGGGAACAGUGAGGUGCCUGGCACGGAUUUUAAAUGUGAGUCGAGGUCACCUUUGCUGGACUGUAGCUUAUGUGGUGCCACAGUCAGAAUCUGGGACUUCUUGACUGUUUCUCGUCCAGCUCGUGUAAUCCCCAAUGGCAUUGAUAUACCUGAAACGAGCAAGAAGAUGACAUUGACACGAGGAGCAAGUGCUGCCAGUGGAAUUAGUGGAUGGAUUGGUACUGAUGGAGCAGAGAAAGAGCGGCUUGAUGACCAUGAUGAGGCUGCAACGACUGGUAAAAGAAAAUUAACAGCACAUGCAAGUGUAGAUUUGAAUUUGACGAUGGGCGGUGGGUUAACCUCAACGCCAGUGAACAUGAUGAUGAUGUCAGAACCAUACCAAGAUGCUGAUAUGGGAGGGGAUUUAAAAAUUGGUCAGCCUUCUGGGAGUGAGGUUGGCGAUCGUGCGGCUUCAUUUGAAUCAAGAGGCCCAGGUACUCGUAAACGAAGUGCAGAUGAAGGUGGAAGUACAGUUGAUCGGCCACAUUUAAGGGUACACCCGGCAGACAGUGUUGAAGGUACUGUUAUUGAUCGUGAUGGUGAUGAAGUAAAUGACAGCAAGCAGUAUUCAGCUGGCCCUUCGAAGCGCAUUCGAGAAUCUGAUGCCUAUGAAACAUAUCGUUUCUCAUAUCGUAGAGAUUCAUCUGAAGCUGGUCCUAGCCAUCCCCUGGGUUAUGACAUAGAAACAGAUGCAAAUAGAGGUUAUCAAUUUGACCAAAUGAAUGAUCAUGUCAUUGCUUUCCCAUCGACUAGAGCUUCAACUCAUGUGUCCUCUGUUAUUGCUAUGGACAUAGAAUGUCAUAGCGCUGAUGAUGAUUCAAUAGAAAGCGUUGAAAAUCAUCCAGUUGAUGUUGAUGAUGUCAAUUUUCCUUCAACAUCUACAUUCAUGAAUCCAGACUUGAAUGAUGUAUCAGAAUUCAACUACAGCAAUCAGGCACAGCAGAGUACUUGCUUCCAACCAGCUGUUGCAAGAGUUGAAGGAGAAGCAGGAGUCAGCAGCACAAAUGAUGGCGAGGAAGUAGUGAACACAGAAACUAUGACAGCGCAUGCUAGGGAUGGGAUUAGUUUUGGUAUAAGUGGAGGAAGUGUUGGAAUGGGUGCCAGCUAUGAGGCGGAAAUUCAUGGUACUGAUGCAUCUGUUCACAGGUGUGAUAGUGUUGUUGGAGAUGCAGAACCAGUGGCUGAAGUUAUAGAAAAUCAGGGACAGACGGGGGAAUUUGCUCCCGAUCAUGGGCAUACGGAUGAUUUUGUUCCCGAAGAAAUGGAUCGAGAGGACCCUCAUGGGGACAGCCAAGAUGUGGUGUCCCGCUCAGUGGGGAGGGCAGACAGUGGGUCGAAAAUUGUUGGUUCAGCUAAGGCAGAAUCUGUUGAAAGUGGGGAUAAGAUUGCUAGCAUAGAUAUGUUAGCACAAGAAAAUAUCGCUCAUCCAUCCCUUUCUUGUAAUGCUAUUGUGUGUUCUGGAUAUGAAGCAUCAAAGGAUGAAGUGAUGCAAGGAGGCCAGUCUUCUCCUGCAAAUGACGGUGCUUGCCUUGAGUCUGCUUUUGUGGCAGGAAAUGGUAUAGGGCCACCUGUUGCAGAAAGUAAUUAUGAAGGUAGUGUUGAAUUUGAUCCAAUUAAGCAUCAUAAUACUUUCUGCCCAUGGGUAAAUGGAAAUGUUGCUGCCGCUGGAAGCACAAGCGAGGGUUCCAGUUCUUCUGCAGUUGCUACAGCUCUUUGUGGUUGGCAGCUGACCCUAGAUGCACUUGAUGCAUUCCAAUCACUUGGUCAUGUUCCAAUCCAAACUGUAGAGUCUGAGUCAGCUGCAUCUCGGCACAAGGAUGAGCACCUAACUUCCAGUCGCACUCUCUUGGCUUGCCACUCCUUCAGCAAAAGUCGGGGGCAAAACUAACAAUCUGGUAGUGCAGGUAGUGCUACUGGUAUGGAGUUGCAAGCAAAGCUGCAGCGAGGGCUUAUUGUCUACCUUGGAAGUUUUAUCUAUAGUAAUAAUCCAUCGAUGCAAAAUGAAAGAGAUUUUGAAGAAUAACAAUUGCAUCUUCGUGAAGACUGAUUUAAGCAUUUCUAGUUUUGGGGCAGCAAAUGUUAUUUAUUUGGAUGCUUUUCAGCUGCGGACUAUUGUAAUCUAGAUUUGAGAAGUUGAGACUAUGUUCAUUGCUUUUCUUUUUCUCUUCGGUGAUCCAAUACUGUUUUUUGAUUAGCCUUUCUUAUGAGUUAGGCAUAGUUGCUUCAGGACGACAGAGUACAGACUGAUGCUCGUGAAAUCUGUUGUCACAUCACAGGAUUUUUGCCGCAGUGAGAUAGAUAGAUAGAUAGAUAUAGUUACCGAUU